AUGCCCGGGGCUUGCGCCCAGCGCCGCAGCUUGCUCUCCCAGGGCUCCGCCGUCAGGCCGUCCAUCGUGGGCGCCCCGACCGCGGUCGUUGCGGUCCGGGAGUCCUUCUCCCUCAACCACGUCGUCGUGGAGCGCUACCGCAAGAUGCUGCGGUUCAAGCGGGCUCUCGCAGAGAGGGGCCUCCUCGGCGAGGGAGGCUGGGACCUCACGGACCGCGACGCGGUCGACGAGCUCGCGUCCAGGUACAACGAGUGGUACGAGGAGGCGCGGGCAUCCAGGCUCAGCAGGGGCGCCUCGCUGCGGCAGAGCUCCCGCUCUCGCCAGUCGAAGGGCUCCAUGGUCUGA